CUAGCACAAGGGGAUUCUUAUUUGAGUGCUAUGUUAUCUACCUAUUUUGCACUGGAGAUCAAAAAUUCGAAGUAAGGAAGCUGAAAGGUGAAGGCAAAGAUCAAUUUUCCAUUGAUCAUAAGCCAAUAGUUGGGAAAGUUAAAAAUUUACCUGAUCUCUUAAAGUAUUCUGAAAGAAACAUAGUUAAUGUGUUAAAUAAACAAAAUUUCAGUGCAGUGGACUCAUUUGUAACACCUAAUUGUAUUUUACAAGUCACUGUAUCUGAAUAUCACCCUAUAAUACAAGCCGAGCUGACCAAACCAGUUUAUAUAAAUUAUACAACUCGGGAUAGGAAUUCUAAUAAAGAUCGUCUAGUCAAGAGAAUGGAUUCUACCAUUAUAAAUGUUGAACAAUGGGUUUUAAAAGUCCAUAUCAAUUCUAUGUUAGAAGAUAAAGAAUAA